AUGUCACAAUCAAAGCCACAAAUUCCAAAAAUCGGGAGUGAAUUCCCAACAGUAGAACAAUUCAAAGAAGCUGCUCAACAAGAAGCUAAAGCAUUAGACUUUGCUUUCAGUACAUCAUUAUCAAAAAUAUCGCAUGUUAAAAAAGAUAGUUGUACUCCAUUUGUUACUCUACAAUGC